GUGAGGAGGAGCGGCGAGCAAUAGCGAGGAUCUACACGGGCAAAAGUUGAUCUUUCAUCCACCGUGCAAGCAAUUGCAUCCAUUCUAAGGAGGGGAGACGAGAUGGCAGCCCAGACUCAGCAACCUCACCUGCACCUGGCCGAGCUCACCGCAGCCCAGUUCAUCGACAUCUGGAAACAUUUUGAUGCAGACGGAAAUGGCUACAUCGAAGGGAAGGAACUGGAAAACUUUAUUGGAGAGUUGGAGUCGGCGAGACGAGGAGCAGGCGUGGAUACUUCACAUGCUGCAUUCAAGGAGAAGAUGAGGGAGUUCAUGGCCAGUUUUGACAAGAAUUCUGAUGGGAGGAUUGAGAUGACAGAGUUGGCUCAGCUUCUGCCCACAGAAGAAAACUUUCUGCUCUGUUUCAGAGAGUUUGUGGGAUCCAGCACUGAAUUCAUGGCCGCUUGGCGGCGCUAUGACACCGACCGUAGUGGAUACAUCGAGUCGAAUGAACUGAAGGGCUUCCUGACAGACCUGCUGAAGAAAGCCAACACAAGCUAUGAUGAUAAGAAGCUCAACGAGUACACACAGACAAUUUUAAGGAUGUUUGAUUUGAACGGUGAUGGGAAGCUCGGCCUCUCUGAAAUGGCGAGGCUCUUGCCCGUACAGGAGAAUUUCUUGAUGAAGUUUCAGGGCAUCAGGCUCACAGUCAAGGAAUUUGACUCCCUCUUCACACUCUAUGAUAAGGAUGCGAAUGGCUACAUUGACGAACAGGAACUGGAUGCUUUGCUGAAGGACCUCUCUGAGAAGAACAAAAUGGAUGUGGAAGUCACAGGACUUUCGGGGUACAAGAAGAGCAUCAUGGCUCUGUCAGACGGAGGGAAACUGUUUCGCACUGAGCUGGAGAUCGUUCUCUGCCGGGACUCUGAGCUGUGAGACCACCCUCCCUCCUCCCCCCACCCCACCACCACUGCCCCCCCACUGCCUCCUUCCUACAUCCUGUUGUAAACUGGUGCAUGUAUGACUUGCUUACAAUGCUAGAAAGAAAACGUAUAGUGCUCCUAAAAGCACACAGUCAACUGCUGGCCCCUCUGUUUAUUCUUUUUAACACUUCGCUCCAUGGUGAAAUAGCCCUAGCAAUUAAAUAUAUUGUGUGAUCAACUUUGUUUUUUUAGUUCCUAUUUUAAUAUGCAUUUGCAGUUUUACAUCAAUCCAUCUAUCCCCCUCCCCUCACUUAAUACUUCUGUUCGUGUAUGCUAUUUAUUUUUGUCAAAUUCAAUUCCCUCUUGUUUAUUUCAUGAAGCUUGUACUGUUCUAUUAAAUAUAUUACAGAGAGAAUGAAUAAAUAUAACAUAAGA